GUCCUCGAAAAAGCUCACCCGCUUUUGGCCCCUCCAAUUCCGCUUUUCCCCGUAGAGCACCUGCAUUGCAUACUAAGAGCCAGCCACCACUUUCGAUGGAUCGACGAACAUGGGGAUUCAGUGUAGCGAUACUCAUUAUCGAUCAUGAUAACUCCCGGAAGUGAAUAGGGGAGGGGAUGUGUCACAAGAAUGUCUUCACCCUCUUCUCCUUCUCCAACUCCUGGCAUUAGCAUGCGAGCAAGUGACGGGGAUCGAAGGCAUGCAUCCCGGAGAUCGAGAACCAGGACCCGGAAGCCCAAGUUCCUCAGUCUCCUCCGCAUCGAGCUCUCCGCCACCGCCGCUGAGAUGACCGACGACCGGCGCCACCGCCGGAAACAGCGGGCCCGCCAGCAUCACCAGCAGCUCAGCCUGUUCCCCCUGCACCCGGAGGAGGCAGCCAGCGGCGGCCUCGUUGACGAGACCAAGGACGUCCAGAGCCACUACGAAGAGAACGUGAACGUUAACCUCCUCUUCAACGGGGAAGAUACGAGUGCCACGACACUCAACGGCCUCCUCGAUGGCGGAGAGGCUGCCGCCGUGGCGUGCUCGGAGGAGGGUUCCGUCGGGAGUCGGGAUUCUGUGCCGCGGCUGAGGGACGGUGCGGACUAUGGCAGAGGAGAUCAUCAGCACCGGAGCUCGCUGCUGGUACGGGCGGCAAUGAAGAGCGGGGGGAGGGAGGAGGAGGAGAAGUGGGUGAGCUACAACGAGGUGGUGGAAAGGAAGGCGCAACCCGACCAGGAGCCGGAGGAAGUGAGCAGCUGCUCAGCGGCUGCCAAUAGUAGUGAUCGGGACAGGGGGCAGGGAUGUUGGCAGCGGCAACCGAGGGGGGAGGGGGAACGAUGGUCGGGAGGGCUUCUGUUGAAGCUCGACUACGAGGAGAUUCUGAAUAGCUGGUCCGAUAAGGGGUCACUCUUCAUUGGUUAUAAUGGCGGGCCUCUUCACUAUCAUCAUCAUGAGGCUCCACAGAGAGUCCCUGAGCUCAACGCUGAACAUCCCGGGCUUGACUCCACCGUUAAUAAUGGGCUGAGUGAUAGAUGGGGAAGUAGUGCAAAUGUAUGGACUGUCCCCGAUCAGAAGAUAGAUGGCGGCAACUCGAUGCCAGAGGAAAAGGAAGGGAGGUCCAGGCAAAGAGAAGCGAGCGUCUUGCGGUACAAGGAGAAAAGGCAGAACAGGCUCUUCUCUAAACGAAUUAGAUACGAAGUCCGGAAGCUCAACGCCGAGAAGCGACCUCGAAUCAAGGGUCGAUUCGUGAGGAGGAGUAGUGAAGACGAUUAGAGACUCUGCAGAUAUGUGUAGUUUUAUCGAAUGGUCGAAAAGGGAGGAAAGGAAGAGAGCCCUUGUCAAUGGAUGAUGUGCCUGUCUUUCUCCUCCAUCUAUCCUAAAACCUGUUGUUCUUUGGAUGUUGUUUAGUUUACAAUCGUCGCCCAGGGAUGUAAGAUCGGACAUGCAAGUAGGAAGAACAGGAUUAGAAAUUUAGAUGGCACCGCAACGGUGAAAAUUAAAUAAAGCGCGUGCAAUAUACACAAAGGAAGAUCGUUCGUUUGCUUUU